CUACCUGCUGGUGGAGAAGGGGUCAGGGGGGGCAAGAUGGAGGAGCGGGCAUAUUUCCACGACCAACUUUUGGACGUCUCAAUAAUUUGAUGUAACGUUAAGCGAACAGUAAUCGAAUAAGUUAAAGGAACCAUUCCGAGUUUCAUCAGAAUGGCAUCUGACGAGCUUUUCGCCCCCAAGUUGCACCGUCAGGCUGUCAAUGGCAGUGGUGGAAAUACCUCCGUUUCCAAGCCAGGUUUUCAUCCUCAGGAAAAGGGAGUGGCGGAGUUCAAGCUUUGGUCUCCCAAUGGUCACAGUGAUCCCUAUGAACUCAGGAAUUGUGCACUGAACAGCGUUAAGAGCAGGAAAAAUACUGUAAAAAAUGAAAUUGAGGAGGAGGUUGAUCUACAGUUUUUAGUGUCUAAUAUUUUGGAUGAAGGUAAUGAUACCCAGAGCGGCUUCUACAAUUGGAGAAACCCGCCUCUCGUCAACAGUCUUUGGUGUUCCAAGACUUUGAGAGAAGACUUCUUACAGUAUUCUCAAGCAGAGGAUACACUUCCUAACUGUGUUCCCAGUGAGGCUUUUAUUGAAUCUGAAGUGGAGUCCAUAAAUGAGCAGUUCCUUAAGAAGCUCACUGGCAUUUCUGAUAAUCCGCACUGGCAUAUUGGUGUCCCUAAUGGCGACAGCGAUAGCUUCGACAGUCACUACAAGAUCUUGCCACCAGGUCUUCCCAUUCCCAAAAUGGCGAGCCACUUUCCACCACAGACACCGCAGCGCAAGUACGACCUGUCGGCUGAUUCGCACCCAGCAAAUCACGACUUCCCUCAAAUCAGCGAUAUCUUUCAGCUCCAAAACAAGAUGAGCAGACCAUUAUUUGAUAUUUACGGGAGCCGGAUGAGUGCGAAUCCCAUUGGUAAUAAUGAGCAGGACAUGCCGGAACACAUGAACCAACUAGUUAGUGGUUUGCAAUCUCUGUUGAGUGAUGAGUUUGAUCAAGGAUGUUAUGGAUGUUUUCCAAACAUGGAAGGAAAGACAGAAUACCCUGAAGACAGCAUACUUGAGCAUUGGAAAUUCCCCAGCCAGGCAAUGCCAAUGUUAUGUGAAAAACAGCUGGAGAGAGAAUUCUGGGGUCAAAAUGUCAAACCAGCAUUUAAGCAGAAUGGGUUUCAAGAAAUAUUGGGGCUGGAAAAUGAAAAUGCUCAAUAUUUCCCCAAAAUAAAGCCUGUCUCAGCAUCUUUAAGUCUCCCAAACCAAUAUAAAAAAAGUAUCAAUAGGAACCAGUACUCCAAUCCUGGCUUCAAGCAGAGGCAGUCCAAGAUGAAGCCACAGAGGCAGAAGGAAAAAAAGAUGAUGUCUGGCUGCAUUGAAGAGAGGCCGAAAACCACCGCUCGUGUGGCGGAGAUGCACAGGAGAGCACAGGUUGACCACCUGGGCGGCACGCAAAGAUUUAAUGGAGAAAACAUCAUGGGGAACAUGCAGCCGUUUAUACCUCCCGCCCAUCUCGACACCAACCCUAGAAGCUUCACUCAACUGCCUGUCAAGCCUCAGAAAGACACAACGCCUUAUGGAAGCGGUCCUGCUGGCAUGACUCCGGCUGGUGCGGUGGCUGGGAAUGGGGCCACGGCAUUGUACAGUCAUCUCAAAGGCUCAGAGGCUCGCAAUGGAGGGGCUACUUGUAAAGACAGGGACUCUGCUCUGGCAGCUUCCCUGGAAACUAAUCCAAGGGGACUUAUGAUCCAGUUUUACCUCCACCUGGAUGAGUGCUCUGAGCAGUUAAGCUGCCUGCAAGGGGAGAGGAAGCAGAUUGAGCUCAUCCUCGCCAAAUCAUUUCCUGGCGAAUGGACUCCGCCGGCGAAAUAUCCACCCGGACUUCCACUCAACCCCGCGAGAAUCAACCGCCUCAUCGUUAAUCAGAGGCAGGAGCAGGCCAACGUAGAAUGGAUUCUGUACAAAAUGGAGUGUGAAUGCAAUGUACCUCUCCACGCCAACGUGCGCUUGGUGCUGAACAGUCAUCACCAGGCUCUAUCCUGCGUCCAGGCGAGACGCGGGGAAGAGCUUGCCAACGCAUCUGAGCAACAGGGGCACGGCACUCCACUCUCAGUGGACAAAGACUUCACGCUGUUGGUCAUUGCCCUGAAGGAUCUUGCCGUGACCACCAGGAAGCUCCGUGCAGGCCUUUGGUGUGCUCUCCAGAUGACCGUGCCCACUCCCACCAGGAGGGCAGAGGACUGCCCGGGCACCAACAGGGAGCUCUGUGCAGCAUUGUGGCACUCUCUCUCGAUGACCGUGCCCACUCCCGUUAGCGGGCCCGAGGACCACCCCGACGCAGACAGGGAGGAAAUACACACACACAGCUGCCCCUACACGUUUACGCUGUAAUCAAGUGAACAACGUGCAGUCCAGUUAACAGGCAUUCACAGAAUUGAUCAAAUUAUAAAAUUGCCAUGUAAAUGCAGCACUUAAAAUUUUAGUCCAGGCCAUAAACAGCAGAAUAUGAGAUGAGUAAAUUGUUAAGACCCCGCAGCUCGAGUUGUGUAGUAAGUUCAUGAACUGAACAAAAAUAUGAGCAUCGUUAAUCAAGUGUCCUAAAUUGAUUAGAAUCUGUAACAAAGCUGUAUUUAAAUGCACUAUUUAUGAGAGUUCUUUAAAGUUAUUUAUUGGGUUAACUCCCCCAACAAAUAGUCCUUACCACUAUUUGAAUCAUAUUUCUAAUUACUACACCGUUUUUCCCCCCCAAUUUUUUUAAACUCAAAACUGAUUCACCAUAGACUGAAAAGUAAUUUUUAUUACUAUUAUUGUCACACUACCAUCAGUGAACCGUCACAUAGCCAAGUUGAGACAUGGUCAGGAUUUUCUGGACACAGUUGAAGUAUAGAAAGAAAAAGUUCAAAUUUCUGGAAGAGUCCCAUUUGUUCUGUUCGCAGUCUUCACUUAACACACACACUUCUUAACUGUCAGUUAGUGAUUUACAACACUUUAUAUGUGCUUUAUUAGUAUUCAGAUUGUUUCGGUCCUUGUUGUAUUUUAUUUACGAUCACAGUGUUCAUGAUCAUGUUCAUAAAGUGUUUCUCCAACUUCUACAUGUUUGUAUAACUGAAACAUUCUAAAUUAAAAGCAACUGAAAUCGC